CCCAUGUGGAACCUCUGGCCACUCAGUAAUCAGUUGGCCCUACCCCUCUAUAUAUAUGGGUGUGAACAUAAGGGCAAAGGCACAAGCAAGCAAGCAUUAUACAAGGAAGGCGGCAGCGGCAGCAAGUGCGAAAAUGGAGAGCAGCAGCAGUGUCCCAACUGAGCUCUACUUUGUGUUCAUGAACUACGAUCCUCAGUACGACCGCCUUCGAGCCGAUAGGACGAAGCGAGGGGCGCAUGAGCUGGAUGUGUAUCUGAGCAGGAAGCACGACGCGUUGCUGUCCAGGACCUUGGAGCUUGGAACCUACACCAAGACCUGCUCUCUUGUCAUCGUUGACGGCUUCAAAGUCCAAAUCACCGAAGAUCAGGCCAAUGUGCUUCGAUCCGCCGAAGGGGUGAGGCUUGUGGAGAAGAAUCAAGAGCUUGCUUAACUAACUAAGGCGCAUCUCGACGGCCGACGUCUGAAUUGGAGAGGGUCUGGUGCUCUAGCUGUCUAGGCUCUUAAUUAAUUGUUAUUAUCAUUUAUCAUUACUAUUAUUAUGGCUUAUUCCUACCGUUAGUAUCCCGAGCUUGUACAUUGUUAGUUUGUUACGCUAACAAAUAUUUAAGUAGCACCAGUAACGAUGGUUUGCGCGAGAAACACAAAAUGGUUGGGCUUCGGGCUUCAGCAACACCAGGCCAAUGUAGGCCCAAUUAUCGCUUAAUUAGUUGAGAGGCCAUUUAGUUUAAGCAUAUGAUUAAAGGGCACAAAUCGCCACCAAGUCCAUUGACGAGCUAUUCAGGCCUGUUUGCUGCUCCGUUCUUCUUUCUGUUUUCCCGUUUUUGAUUUUGCUGUG